ACUUUCUAUUUAUAAUGAAGGAGAGCCGUUUCAGACUCUGGCAGUUUUUAUGCCUAAUUUUGGUUGUGUUUUGGUAGUUUUGAUCAUGCAUUAGUAGGUACAUAAUUCUGCUUGGUUUUGUUUGUUAUUAUGUGAAUAUUAUUGCGUAUUACCUAUUCCAUAUCGUAUAUUAUAUCCAGUGCUUAUAACGUAAGUUAAACAAGUUUUCAUUCAUGUAAAGAUCGAUAGGUGAGAAUGGAAACUGCACCAGAAGUAAUAUCAUCGUUUUUCGUUUCUGAGAAUAAUGUUUCGAAAGCAAAGGAUAUAGCUGACGAGUUUCUUGAACUUUUAGACCAAUUAAAUAGUUCAUUAAACCAAUUAGAACUCCCUCGAAAAGUAGAAUGUGUUUAUAAUCCUACUGUAUACGCGCGGCACACCUUUGAAAUGUAUGUGAGAAAGUUUUGCAACACAAAAAAGACUGUUAUGUACUUUGGAAUGAAUCCAGGACCUUGGGGCAUGUCUCAAACUGGAGUGCCCUUUGGAGAAAUAAGUUCAGUUAAGGAUUGGCUGGGCAUUGAGGGACCUGUUGGUAAACCUGCUGUGGAGAUUGCAAACAGGCGUGUAUUGGGUUUUGCCUGCAAUAGGACUGAGGUAAGUGGACUAAGAUUUUGGGGUUUGACAAAGCGGAUUUGUACAACUUCUGACGAUUUCUUUAAAACUAGCUUUGUCUACAACUAUUUGCCACAACAAUGGAUGAAUAGCAAAGGCACGAACAUUACACCAGGCGACUUCUCUCUGGCCCAAUUGAGACCCCUCUUCGACAUUUGUGAUCCCAUAUUUUGCAAAGUCUUACAAUUGUAUGAAGUGAAGAUAAUCAUAGCAAUUGGCAAGUUCUGUGAAAAAAGGGCAGAAAAAGCUUUGAAAACCUAUCUACCAAAUAAUUCUGUUCAGAUUUUAUACUUACCACACCCAAGUCCAAGAGUGGUCAAUAAUAUAGACUGGGAACAAAAGGCUUAUGAAUUUUUGCAAUCAUAUAACCUUAUGCAAUAUUAUUCAAAUUAAAGCUUUGUAAACUAACAGGCAGGGUUAAACAUUUCAGUGCAAUAAAUGUUUUAUAAUGGUAGAAUUAAUGACAAGAGCUUUGGAACUGGCUAUGCAAGCUAUGGAAGCACAAGAAGUGCCUGUUGGAUGUGUGUUUACCAUCGAUGGGAAUAUUGUGGCCGAGUCACGUAACACCGUAAAUCUCACACAUAACCCAACAAGACAUGCAGAAAUGAAUUGUAUAGAUAUUGUACUAGAAUAUUGUAAGAGUAAUCAUAUAGAUUAUAAGGCUUACUUUCGAUCGAUUAGUGUUUAUGUGACUGUGGAACCCUGUAUUAUGUGUGCAGCUGCAUUGAACAGUCUUAAUAUAAAAGAAGUUAUAUAUGGUUGUGCAAAUGAUAGAUUUGGUGGAAAAACUGUACUGGAUGUCAGUGACUUUUAUGAUCACUCAUAUUCUUUAAUUGGCAAUGUUCUCGCAGAUGAAGCCAUGGAUCUGUUGAAACAAUUUUAUAAGGGUGUAAAUCCCAAUGCACCAGAAGCAAAGGCAAAGAAAAAAAAAUAAUUGGUGCUUUGACUUGAUAUUUUUAUAUCUUGCUGGCACUAGCACAAAUAUUUGUGAGAAUGUAAUGAUGUCGCUUUUGAAAAGAUCUAUAUGGAAAAUGAACAGCACCUCUAUUGUACAUAGGUACUGUCAAUGCAACACUGCACCCUUAUUUGUAAAUAAAACAUUUUUUUUAUCCCGAUAUGCUCUUGGGAGUGGAAAAUGUAUUCGAUUAAAACUUUAGGUUUGAUUUUUUUUAAAUAAUUAUUUAAGUAGAUUGAGCUAACAUUGUCUUAUUGCAUAAGAUAUGUAAUUCUGUUGAAUAUAUUACACAACAUGAGAGAGAA